GCUGAGGAUCUAAUAGAUGAUUUGUUAUCGCUGGAAUCGAGCUCCCUUGCGUCAGAUGGUUUCAAAACAGAUAACUUUACAGGCAGUGAUCUCAAUGUCAAAAAUGAACCAUAUAAUAUAAGUGAUGCUGAACUGCAUGCUCUUGCCAAAGAUCGCCAGAAGAAGGACAAUCAUAAUAGGAUUGAACGUAGGAGAAGGUUUAAUAUUAACGAUAGAAUUCAAGAAUUAGGAAUGUUGCUGCCCAAAAAUACCGACCAAUUUUACGAAAUUGUUAGAGACGUCCGCCCGAACAAGGGCACAAUUUUAAAAUCGUCCGUGGAAUAUAUUAAAUGUUUAAAAAACGAAAACCAAAGGCUGAACGAAAGAUUAACCCAUGUAUUGCAACUAGAAGAUCAACUUAAAAAAAUGGAAUCUAUGAAGAGGAAACUCCAACUGAGGGUGCAGGAAUUAGAGAACCAAAUGAAAGCUCAAAGUUUGCCAGCAGCUGAUUUUAACUGGCAGAAUAUUUCUGUCGCCAACCCAUCUCCCUUCAGCUCGUAUAACCAACAGAACACACCUUCUGUGUCAUUAUUACCAACGAUGGUGUUAACUGAUCCUUGUCGAAAAAUGCCGGAUGUACUAUCUGACACUCUGUCCGAAACCUCACUCAACUUAACCACGAUGGAAGAGGGAAUCGACGAUGACGAAUUAGUAUACGGGGUGAAUGGAGAUCCAAUGCUCUCAUCACCACACGCCCUCCAGUCUGAAGCCUUGCUGGUCUCCCCGGGUCCUGCAUCCAGGGAUCCAAUGGUCGGUGGACAACGUCUGCCUACCCCCACGCCCACCAGUCAUAUAGAAGAAGACGUGGAUACGUUAGAUAUGGAAAUGAUCGCCUGCGAACAAAGUUAA